UGCGGCUGCUGUGUGUCCUGUGGGAAAACCAAAUCUGUAAAACCUUUCCUUCCAGGUGACCACAAUUCUGGGGGCUUCUGAAGAAUGGAGUUCCCAGAUCUAGGAAAACAUUGCUGUGAGGAGACCUGCAGACAGCUGGACUUCCUUCCUCUGAAAUGCGAUGCGUGUGGGGAGCUUUUCUGUAAAGACCACCUUACCUACAGCCGACACAAGUGUUCUUCGGCAUAUAAGAAGGAUGUGCAGGUUCCAGUCUGUCCUCUUUGCAACACUCCCAUCCCUGUACGAAAGGGAGAGAUGCCAGAUGUAGCUGUGGGUGCCCAUAUGGACAGGGAUUGUAAACGGGAUCCUGCCCAACAGAAGCAGAAAAUCUUCACCAACAAAUGCUUCAAACCAGGCUGCAAAAAGAAAGAGAUGAUGCAGCUGGUUUGCAACCAGUGUCACCAGAGCUUUUGUCUUCGUCAUCGGCAUCCUUUGGACCAUGACUGCCAGGGACGCGCUUGGGCUGUCUCGAAAGCCAGGUGUGCAGCUGUGAUGAGGUCCCUGGAAUCCAAGAUUUCUCCCAACUGCCAGUUUCUACAAAGCAGGUGCAAAGCAAAAAGUUGAUGUCUGCGAUCUGGAUCUAAACCUACCUCAGGCCUGUCUAUCACUACCCAUCUUUAGCUUUUAAAAAUUCACUGUACGCUUUUGAUACUGUAGUCCUUUUCCACAUUUUCUGAUUAAACUGCCUCGUUGUAUUGU